AUGGCCCUCUCUUUACUUCUUCCUAUAUUCCUUAUCUUCACUCUCCUUCUUCUCUUAAAAUGGCUGAAUCCCGGCCGGAAAAUCCUCCGGCCACCUUCACCACCAAAACUUCCCAUAAUUGGAAACCUUCAUCAACUUGGUUUCCUCCCUCACCGAUCCCUAAAAACAUUAUCUGAAAAGUAUGGCCCAAUUAUGCUGCUCCACUUAGGCAGCAAACCAACACUCAUUGUCUCGUCUCCUGAUGUUGCUGAAAUGGUCCUCAAAACCCAUGAUCAAAAUUUUGCAACCAGGCCUAAAUUAAGUCUCGUGGGACGGCUUGUCUAUGAUUUCAAGAGUGUGGCUUUCGCCCCUUAUGGAGAAUACUGGAGGACAGUGAGAAGAAUAUGUGUUCAUCAACUUCUAAAUCCGAACCGGGUUCAAUCAUUCAGAAGCGUGCGUGAAGAAGAAAUCGCAUUGAUGUUGGAACGAAUAACAGAAUCUUGCCUUUCAAGCUCGCCAAUAGAUAUUGGCAAAAUAUUUGCCAAUUUCAACAACAAUAUAAUUGACAUGUUUACUGGUGGAACUGAUACUACAAGUACGCUACUGGAGUGGGUGAUUUCUGAACUUGUGAAAAACCAAAACUGCAUGACUAAGUUAAAAAAUGAGGUUCGAAGUUUCGUGAACCGCAUAGUGGAUUACAUAACAGAGGAUUACGUAGAUAAGUUCCCGUAUCUAAAAGCAGUUAUUAAAGAGACUUUGCGAAUGCAUCCUCCAGGUCCAUUGUUAGCUCUUCAUGAAUCAAUAAAUGCCAUCGAAAUCAUGGGAUAUGAUAUUCCUGCUGGCACUCAAGUUUUCAUCAAUGCUUAUGCGAUUGGAAGAGAUAACAUAGUGUGGGAAAAUGCUGAUGAGUUUCGUCCUGAAAGAUUCUUGAACAACUCUAUCGACGUUAAAGGACAACACUUUGAACUAAUUCCAUUUGGAUCUGGAAGGAGAAGUUGUCCGGGUUAUGGGUUCGCCAUGAUAACAACUGAAGUUGUCCUAGCAAAUUUAAUGCUUAAAAUCGAUUUCAAAUAG